AGCUGUCAGCGGCCCCGGCCCCGCCCCGUGUCCCCCCAGCCAUGGCGGGGCUGCUGCAGGCACUCGUGGGGGUCUCGGAGAAGGCGGCGGAGCUGGCGCGGCUGUGCCGGCAGGAGGAGCCGCUGUUCCAGCUCCUGGUGGCCGAGAAGACGGGCCCCGACAGGAACAGGAGGUUCCUGCAGGACUUCAAGACCCUGGCGGACGUUCUCAUCCAGGAGGUCAUAAAGCACGACCUGGGCAAGGAGUUCCCAGAGCUCCAGGGCCACAUCCACGGGGAGGAGUCCAAUGAGUUCAGGGAUGUGCAUGGGGGCACGGUGGCCGUGCGUGUCUGUGGAACACGGGAGGACACGGUGGCCCUGCUGCUGUCGGUGCUGGGCCCCGAGCAGGCGGCGGCCGAGCUGCUGGCAGACGCCGUGCACCGGGACGUGGUGCUGGGGGAUGUGGCACUGGCGGGCGCUGAGCCCGGCGUGUCUCCCCGGGACCUGGCCGUGUGGAUAGACCCCAUUGACUCCACGAACGAGUACAUCAGGGGCCGCGAGGACGUGCCCCCUGUGGAUGGCAUCGCCCCCGCUGGGCUCUGCUCUGCCCUUGUGCUCGUUGGGGCCUUCGACCGCCUCUCUGGCUGCCCCGUCCUGGGCGUCAUCAAUGAGCCCUUCUUCCGACGGGACCCCCAGACCCGCAGGUGGCAGGGCAGGUACCACUGGGGUGUGGCCCAUGGGGACACCCGGCUGUGCUCGCUGAGCCCCCCCGACCCCCACCCCGUGCCCCGCGUGGUGCUGAGCCGGGCUGAGGGGGCGGCGGUGCGGGGGGCUCUGGGCCCCCUGUGCGGGGGUCACCUGCACUUUGCGGCAGGAGCGGGGUACAAGAUGCUGUGCGUGAUCCUGGGGCUGGCGGAUGCCUACGUGCUGUCCGAGGGCACCACCUUCGCCUGGGACGCCUGUGCCCCCCACGCCAUCCUGCGGGCCCUGGGCGGGGGGCUGGUGGCCCUGGAGGGGGCCCUACGGGCACGGCAGGAGGGGCGUGCCGGGGACCCCCCUGAGCUGGUCUAUAACCGCCCAGCAGAGGGGGUGGGGGGGGCCGAGCGCUGGGCAAACCGGGGGGGCCUCGUGGCUUAUCUGCACCCCCAGCACCUGGAUGCCGUGCUGGGGGCACUGGCCACUGUGCCCGGGCUGUGAGCCCGCAGCGGCCGAGACCCCCACGAGUGGGAAUGGGGGGGCUGGGACCCCGGGGUUGAGGGU